AUGUUCUUUGAGGUGAUGACUUUACGAUUUAACAAAAAUAUCGUGAGAUGGCCUGCACAUACCGCGAAAAUCCAAUUUUGCACCAUGGGGUUCUGGGACACGAUCAAGCAAACCAACCGGGAUAUAUGGGUGCUAUGGAUCUCGGUGGUGUUUCGCAUGGCUAGUUUUGCGCUAACCAACCAGGUAUUGACGCUUUUUUUGAAACAAGUGGGAAUUAAUGAGAAAAAAAUAGGGUGGUUUAUGACAUUGACCUUGGUUGGAGAUGUGAUUAUUUCGUACUUUUUGACAUGGUACGCCGACACUUUGGGAAGGAGAAACGUCAUGCUCUUGGGUUCUUUGAUGAUGGCCGGAGCAGGCGCUGUUUUCUUUACUUGUUCCCGUUUUGAAUGGCUUCUUCUCGCGGCCAUUCUCGGAGUCAUUUCUCCUUCCGGUGACGAAACCGGACCGUUCAAAUCCGUCGAGGAAGCUUGCUUAGCACACUUGACUCCACAUAGCCACCGACCCGAGAUUUUUGCUUUAUAUGGAUUAUUGGCAAAUUUGGGUUCCUCCAUCGGUUCCCUCGCCGGCGGACUUGUAGUGGAAAUUUUGAGUAACAACGGUAUGGAUUUGGAACGUUGCUACCGUCUUAUUUUUGCAGUUUACUCGGGUGUGGGAAUCCUCAAGUUUGUCUUCAUGUGGUUUUUGACGGAAAAAUGUGAAGUUCACCACCACAGAACUGAAGACUAUGGUGAAGAAAAUGGCAGUAGCGAUGACGAAUUGAGACCUCUCGUCGCAUCCACGAGCCUCUCCCCUUCGUCAAAGCACCACUUGUACCCACUUUUGGCAGUUUUCAUGCUCGAUUCUCUUGGGUAUGGGUUCAUGCCUGCCGCAUGGGUGGUAUACUACUUUAGAACCGUGCUCAAAAUGACAGCAGCGGGAGUAGGAAUCUUGUUCUUCUUUUGCAGUCAAAUCGACUCGUUUUCGAGCAUCCCAUCGGCUAUGUUUGCCCGGGCUUUGGGUCCAGUUAAAGCCAUGUUUGCUACCCAAGCUCCAUCGGCAGUUUUUUUCAUUAGUAUUGGUUUAACGUCGCUGGUUCCUAUCGCUUGCACUCUUUUGGUUUUGAACUUUGCUACCCAGACCAUGGAUGUGGUGCCUCGGCAACUCCUUCUUACAUCGAUUAUGCCACCCCAGGACCUCACCAAGGUGAUGGGAAUUGUAAAUAUAGGCAAGACAUUUGCCCGCUGUGUGGGCCCAAUUUUCACCGGAAAACUUGCUACCCACGGAAAGUUGUUCUAUGGAUUCUUUAUCAAUGGUGCAUGUGUGUUGAUGGCGGACUUUCUUCUUGCAACCAACUUUCUUCAUAUGGACGCAGACAUUUUAGCGAAGCAGUCCAACUACGAAAGAAUUGAAUAA